AUGGGACAAGAUAUCAUUACAUUUAAGAAGAGUGUGGAGGUGGAUAUAAGGAAAAUUAAAAGGGAACCUAGAAGAUUCAACAAUCUCAAACCACAUGAAAUUCAUGCAAUCAAACAAUUGCAACAGAAUAAUAAUAUAACUGUGCACCCAGCCGAUAAAGGAGGGGCGAUUGUGAUUUUGGAUACAUGUAAAUAUGACCGUGGAUGUAGGAGACAAUUAGGAGAUAAAGAAACAUACAAAAAACUACAAAAGGAUCCAGUGAUAGAAUUUGGUGAAUCUUUGGAAUUAUAUGAAGGACGAGGCCAUACAAAAGGAUUCUUAAACGAACAAGAAUCUAAAUUUAUUAUGGGUACACCUAAACGUAUGCCUGUUUUCUACACUAUACCAAAGGUUCACAAAAACCCACUGGACCCUCCGGGGAGACCUAUUAUCUCUGGUAUAGGAUCAUAUACAUCCAACUUGUCCCAAUAUCUAGAUAGACUACUGCAACCAUUAGUGAGGAAGAUGUUUGCCUAUAUCAGGGAUACUACACAGAUAGUGCAGACCAUUGAGAACCUCAAGUAUGAACCAAAUUGGAUCCUUGGAACUCUCGAUGUUAACUCCCCAUACACUAUAAUAAGACAUUACCAAGGAUUAGAAGCUUUGACACAACAAUUGACGACAUAUGGGGAAUACUUACCGGAUCAAAUAGAAUAUAUAGCGAAAGGGGUACAACACAUUCUAACCGAUAAUUAUUUUGCAUAUGAUUCUGAGUUCUUUGUCCAGAUAAGGGGGAAGGAAAGCCCAAACUCCAAAUGCUGUUAUUCUGAGAGUGCUGGAGUGACAAAGUUGGGAAACCAAACAAAUAAUCGAUAUCCAAAAACCCCUUGCCAUUUGGAUCUAUACUCUGAAGGUCGUCCCAUCCCAUCUACAUCUUCGUCUAGCCUACUACCAUCUGCACAAAUGCCCAGCUCCCAUAAUCCUCCACCUGUAGGCUGCCAGAUGCCACUGCUAGACAGCAAUACUUCUCAUCAGAUCAUGGACACUAACCCUGAUGAGGAGUUUUCUCCUAACUCAUACCUGCUCAGAGCAUGCUCAGGCUCGCAGCAGCCUUCCACCAGUGGCCCAACAAAUCAUCAUAGCCAGUCAACACUUCGGCCUCCGCUUCCUCCUCCUCACAAUCACACUCUCUCUCAUCACCAUUCUUCUGCAAAUUCUCUAAAUAAGAAUUCCCUUACCAACCGAAGAAACCAGAUUCAUGCACCAGCACCAGCUCCAAAUGAUAUGGCCACAACUCCAGAAUCAGUUCAGCUUCAGGACAGCUGGGUACUCAACAGCAAUGUUCCACUGGAAACCAGGCACUUCUUGUUUAAGACAUCAUCUGGAACUACUCCUUUAUUCAGCAGCUCUUCUCCUGGAUAUCCCCUGACUUCAGGAACAGUUUAUACUCCUCCUCCAAGGCUUUUACCCCGAAACACGUUCUCCAGAAAUGCCUUCAAGCUUAAGAAACCAUCUAAGUAUUGCAGCUGGAAAUGUGCAGCAUUAUCAGCCAUAGCUGCGGCUGUCCUGCUUGCUAUUUUGCUGGCUUACUUCAUUGCAAUGCAUCUCCUCGGACUGAACUGGCAGCUACAGCCAGCAGAUGGACAUACUUUCAACAAUGGGAUAAGAACUAGCAGUGAUGAUGUUGCAACAAUGCCAUCUGGAGGCAAAGGAACUUGGACUAGUACAAAAAAUAGCAGCAUAGAUAACGGAGAAGUGGAAAUUGGCCGUCGGAUUACCCAAGAAGUACCAGCAGGAGUGUUUUGGCGAUCUCAUAUCCAUGUUUCCCAGCCGCAGUUCUUGAAAUUUAAUAUAUCAUUAGGAAAAGAUGCCUUGUUUGGAGUUUACAUACGAAGAGGUUUGCCUCCAUCACAUGCUCAGUAUGACUUCAUGGAGCGUUUGGAUGGCAAGGAGAAGUGGAGUGUAAUAGAAGCCCCAAGAGAGCGCCGCAGCAUUCAGACACUGGUACAAAAUGAGGCUGUGUUUGUCCAGUACUUGGAUGUUGGAAUCUGGCACUUGGCCUUCUACAAUGAUGGAAAGGACAAGGAGAUAGUGUCAUUCAAUACUGUUGUCCUUGACUCCGUUCAAGAUUGCCCUAGAAAUUGUGAUGGAAAUGGUGAAUGUGUUUCAGGAAUUUGUCAUUGCUUUCCAGGAUUCCAUGGGGCAGACUGUGCAAAAGCUGCAUGCCCCGUUUUAUGCAGUGGCAAUGGGCAAUACUCAAAGGGCACCUGCAUCUGCUACAGUGGCUGGAAAGGAGCAGAAUGUGAUGUUCCCAGCAGUCAAUGCAUAGAUCCUACAUGCAGCACCCAUGGAUCUUGCAUAGAAGGAAACUGUGUAUGUUCUGCAGGAUUUAAAGGAGACAUUUGUGAAGAAGUGGAUUGUAUUGACCCAACAUGCUCCAACCAUGGAGUGUGCGUAAAUAAAGAAUGUCUCUGCAGUCCUGGCUGGGGUGGUCAGAACUGUGAAUUACCAAGGACUCAGUGUCCAGAUCAAUGCAGUGGACAUGGGACUUACCUCACUGACACAGGUCUGUGUAGCUGUGAUCCUAACUGGAUGGGCCCUGAUUGCUCUGUUGAGGUAUGCUCUGUGGACUGUGGCACUCAUGGUGUUUGUGUUGGUGGAGCAUGUCGUUGCGAAGAAGGGUGGACUGGGGUGGCAUGUGACCAGCGUGUUUGCCACCCUCGCUGCACUGAACAUGGAACUUGCAAAGAUGGAAAAUGCGAAUGCAGAGAGGGCUGGAAUGGGGAGCACUGCACCAUUGAUGGCUGCCCUGAUCUGUGCAAUGGCAAUGGGAGAUGCACACUUGGUCAGAACAGCUGGCAGUGUAUCUGCCAGACAGGCUGGAGAGGGUCUGGAUGCAAUGUUGCCAUGGAAACUUCUUGUGCUGAUAACAAGGAUAACGAGGGAGAUGGUCUUGUGGACUGCCUGGACCCAGACUGUUGUCUGCAAACAACUUGCCAGUCAAGUUUACUUUGCCGUGGAUCACGUGACCCUCUUGAUAUCAUCCAGCAAAGCCAGUCAGGCUCACCAGCAGUAAAGUCAUUUUAUGAGCGAAUCAAACUUCUGGUAGGAAAAGACAGCACGCACAUCAUUCCUGGAGAAAAUCCUUUUAACAGCAGCCUUGUUUCAUUAAUAAGAGGACAAGUCAUGACUGGAGAUGGAACCCCUCUGGUUGGAGUCAAUGUGUCUUUUGUAAAAUAUCCAAAGUAUGGUUAUACUAUAACACGCCAGGAUGGCACGUUUGAUUUAAUAGCCAAUGGUGGUGCUUCUUUAACUCUUCACUUUGAGAGGGCCCCAUUCAUAAGCCAGGAGAAAACAGUGUGGUUGCCGUGGAACAGCUUUUAUGCUAUGGACACUCUCGCAAUGAAGACUGAGGAAAACUCUAUUCCUAGCUGUGACUUAAGUGGGUUUGUGAGGUCAGACCCGGUUAUUAUCUCUUCACCUCUUUCUACCUUCUUCAGUUCUUCACCCCGACGGAAUCCUAUAGUUCCAGAGACCCAGGCUCUCCAUGAGGAAAUAGAAAUGCCAGGCUCCAACCUAAGACUCUGUUAUCUCAGUUCUCGAACUCCAGGAUACAAGUCAUUGCUGAAGAUUAUUAUGACUCAAUCAACUGUUCCGUUGAACCUUAUUAAAGUUCAUUUGAUGGUGGCCGUUGAAGGACACCUAUUCCAAAAGACUUUCCAGGCAUCACCAAAUUUAGCAUAUACAUUUGUCUGGGAUAAAAAUGAUGCAUAUGGUCAGAAAGUGUAUGGACUAUCAGAUGCUGUAGUCUCUGUUGGCUUUGAAUAUGAAACAUGCCUUGGUCUUAUCUUAUGGGAGAAAAGAACAGCAGUCUUGCAAGGAUUUGAACUGGAUCCUUCAAACCUUGGAGGCUGGUCCAUAGACAAGCACCAUAUACUAAAUGUUAAAAGUGGCAUCCUGCAUAAAGGCAGUGGAGAAAAUCAGUUUCUUUCACAACAACCUGCAGUCAUUACGAGCAUUAUGGGCAAUGAGCGUAGAAGAAGUAUAUCUUGUCCAAGCUGCAAUGGCCUCGCUGAAGGGAACAAGCUAUUGGCUCCAGUGGCUCUUGCAGUUGGAAUUGACGGAAGCCUAUUUGUGGGAGAUUUUAAUUAUAUACGAUGUAUCUUUCCCUCCAGAAAUGUCACCAGUAUUCUGGAACUUCGAAACAAAGAAUUUAAACAUAGCAACAACAUAGCACAUAAAUAUUAUCUGGCAGUUGAUCCUGUGUCAGGCUCAAUAUAUCUGUCUGACACAAACAGUCGUAGAAUUUACAAAAUCAAGUCCCUGACAGGAGCCAAGGAUAUUGCAGCUAACUUAGACGUCAUCGCUGGCAAUGGAGAACAAUGUAUGCCCUUUGAUGAUGCUAGAUGUGGUAAUGGAGGGAAGGCUGUGGAUGCCAUUUUGACUAACCCACGAGGAAUUGCUAUUGAUAAAAAUGGAUUCAUUUAUUUUGUUGAUGCAACAAUGAUUCGAAAAGUAGACCCAAAUGGAAUAAUUUCCACGCUUUUAGGAUCUAAUGACCUUGCAGCAGGAAGACCUCUAAGCUGUGAUUCUAGCAUGGACAUCACUCAGGUUCGCAUGGAAUGGCCAACAGAUUUAGCUGUUAACCCAAUGGACAAUUCUCUCUAUGUCUUAGAGAACAAUGUUAUUUUGAGAAUCACAGAAAACCACCAAGUCAGCAUCAUAGCUGGACGUCCCAUGCACUGUCAGGUGCCUGGCAUAGACUAUUCACUGAGCAAGCUGGCUAUUCAUUCUGCACUUGAAUCUGCCAGUGCCAUAGCUAUUUCUCACACUGGAAUCCUUUACAUUGCAGAAACAAAUGAAAAGAAGAUUAAUCGAAUAAGACAAGUGACAACCAAUGGUGAAAUUUCUCUUUUAGCUGGAGCAGCUUCAGACUGCAACUGUAAAGAUGAUGUAAAUUGCAAUUGUUAUGCUGGAGAUGAUGGCUAUGCUACAGAUGCAUUCUUAAAUUCACCAUCAUCUGUAGCUGUGGCACCUGAUGGCACAGUGUACAUUGCAGAUCUUGGAAAUAUUCGCAUAAGAGCUGUUCUUCAAAACAAGCCUGUUCUCACUUCAUUUAAUCAGUAUGAGGUUGCUUCCCCUGGGGAACAAGAGCUAUACAUAUUUAAUUUCAAUGGGAUUCAUCAGUACACUCAAAGCCUGGUCACAGGAGAGUACCUUUACAAUUUUACUUACAGUGCUGACAAUGAUGUGAUAGAGGUUAUUGAUAAUAGCGGAAAUUCCUUGAAAAUCCGCCGGGAUUCUAAUGGCACCCCAAGACAUUUCCUAAUGCCAGACAAUCAGAUAAUCACCUUAACACUCACUACCAGCGGAGCAUUGAAGUUGGUUUCCACGCAGAGUCUGGAGCUGUCUUUGAUGACUUACGAUGGUAACACUGGGCUACUGGCAACAAAGAGCGAUGAGACUGGUUGGACAAUAUUUUAUGAUUAUGACAAUGAGGGUCGCUUGACCAAUGUGACCCGACCAACUGGAGUUGUCACCAGCCUCCAUCGAGAAAUGGAAAAAUCUAUUACAAUUGACAUUGAGAACUCCAACCGGGAUGAUGAUGUCACCGUUAUAACCAAUUUGUCCUCAGUGGAGGCAUCCUAUACAGUUGUCCAAGAUCAAGUUAGAAACAGCUACCAGUUAUGCAGUAACGGAACAUUAAGAGUGAUGUAUGCUAAUGGAAUGGGGAUAAGUUUCCACAGUGAACCCCAUAUUCUUGCUGGCACUGUGACACCUACAAUUGGAAGGCGCAAUAUUUCUUUACCCAUGGAGAAUGGACUAAACUCCAUUGAAUGGAGGUUACGGAAAGAACAAACAAAAGGCAAAGUGACUGUUUUUGGAAGGAAGCUCCGGGUGCAUGGAAGAAACUUGCUAUCUAUAGAUUUUGAUAGAAAUUCCCAUACAGAAAAAAUAUAUGAUGAUCAUCGGAAGUUUACUCUAAGGAUUGUCUAUGAUCAGUUAGGACGGCCACUUUUGUGGCUUCCAAGCAGUGGGCUUGCACCUGUCAAUGUAUCUUAUUUCUUCAAUGGUCGCUUAUCUGGACUUCAACGUGGAGCAAUGAGUGAAAGAACUGAGAUGGAUAAGCAGGGAAGAAUUAUUUCUCGCUCGUUUGCAGAUGGAAAGACAUGGAGUUAUACAUAUCUUGAAAAGUCUAUGGUGCUUCUUCUUCAAAGUCAGCGACAGUACAUCUUUGAAUAUGACUCAUCAGAUCGUCUUUACUCUGUAACUAUGCCAAGCGUAGCUAGACACAGUAUGUCAACUCAUGCAUCUAUUGGCUACAUCAGGAACAUAUACAAUCCCCCAGAAAGCAAUGCAUCAAUUAUUUUUGACUACAGUGAAGAUGGCCGGAUUCUUAAAACGUCUUAUCUUGGUACUGGCCGACAAGUGUUCUAUAAGUAUGGAAAACUAUCUAAGUUGUCCGAAAUCAUUUAUGACAGUACUGCAGUCACAUUUGGAUAUGAUGAAACUACAGGAGUUUUAAAAAUGGUUAACCUCCAAAGUGGUGGUUUUUCUUGUACAAUACGUUAUCGAAAAAUUGGACCCUUAGUGGACAAACAAAUAUACAGGUUUUCUGAAGAAGGCAUGGUGAACGCAAGGUUUGACUACACUUACCAUGACAACAGUUUCCGUGUUGCAAGUAUUAAGCCUAUUAUAAGUGAAACCCCACUUCCCGUUGAACUAUACCGCUAUGAUGACAUUUCUGGAAAAAUUGAACACUUUGGAAAAUUUGGGGUUAUUUACUAUGAUGUUAAUCAAAUCAUUACUACUGCUGUGAUGACACUGACAAAACAUUUUGAUACUCAUGGCCGCAUCAAAGAAGUCCAGUAUGAAAUAUUUAGGUCACUUAUGUAUUGGAUGACUGUGCAGUAUGACAGUAUGGGACGAGUUAUAAAAAGAGAAUUAAAGCUUGGUCCCUAUGCUAACACAACUAAGUACACAUAUGAAUAUGAUGGAGAUGGUCAGCUGCUGACUGUUGCUGUUAAUGACAGACAAACAUGGCGCUACAACUAUGACCUAAAUGGUAACCUGUACCUGUUGACCCCUGGAAAUGGUGUACGUCUUCUGCCACUGAGAUAUGAUCUCAGAGAUCGAAUAACUCGAUUGGGGGAUGUACAGUAUAAAAUAGAUGAUGAUGGUUUUUUGAGCCAAAGAGGUGCAGAUAUUUUUGAUUACAACUCAAAAGGUCUUCUCACCCGAGCAUAUAACAAGGUCCUUGGAUGGAAUGUACAAUAUCGUUAUGAUGGACUGAGCCGUAGAUCCUCAUGCAAAACCAACCUAGGCCUCCAUCUUCAGUUCUUCUAUGCUGAUCUCCACAACCCAACACGGGUUACCCACAUUUAUAAUCACUCAAACUCAGAAAUUAUUUCUCUGUAUUAUGAUUUGCAAGGCCACCUUUUUGCAAUGGAGAGCAGCAGUGGGGAAGAAUAUUACAUUGCCUCUGAUAACACAGGCACACCAUUAGCAGCUUUCAGCAUCAAUGGGGUGAUGAUUAAACAGUUGCAGUAUACACCCUUUGGUGAAAUUUAUUUUGAUUCCAAUCCAAACUUUCAGCUUGUCAUUGGGUUUCAUGGAGGAUUAUAUGACUCUUUAACAAAGCUUGUUCAUUUUGCCCAGAGAGAUUAUGAUGUGUUGGCUGGACGUUGGAUAUCUCCAGAUUACACUAAAUGGAAGAAAAUUGGAAGAGACCCUGCUCCUUUUAAUUUAUACAUGUUUAAGAACAAUAAUCCUCUGAGUACUGAAAUGGACUUAAAAAACUAUGUGACAGACGUGCAAAGCUGGCUGGUGAUGUUCGGAUUUCAACUGAGCAAUAUAAUCCCUGGCUUCCCAAGAGCCAAACUGCAUUUUGUGCCACAUCCAUAUGAAAUAACUGAAAGUCAAGAAUGUGAAAAUGGACAGCUAAUUACUGGUGUUCAACAGACCACUGAAAGACAUAAUCAAGCAUUUAUGGCAUUGGAGGGUCAAACCAUAGUGAAGCGAUUAUAUGCAAACAUAAGGGAAAAAAUAGGACACUGGUUUGCAACUACAGUUCCUAUAAUUGGUAAAGGAAUAAUGUUUGCAAUCAAAGAAGGCAAAGUGACAACAGGAAUGUCUAGCAUCGCCAGUGAAGACAGCCGGAAAAUUGCUCUUGUACUUAAUGGAGCUCACUACCUGGAAAAAAUUUACUACAACAUAGAAGGAAAGGAUACUCAUUAUUUUGUCAAAAUUGGCUCCUCUGACAGUGAUCUAGUCACCUUGGGUUUGACAACAGGUCGCAAAACAUUAGACAGUGGAGUCAAUGUCACAGUCUCUCAGCCAACUUUGCUGAUAAAUGGAAGGACUCGUAGGUUUACAUACAUAGAGUUCCAGCAUUCAUCUCUCAUUUUAAACAUCCGCUAUGGGUUGACUGCUGACACCCUGGAUGAAGAGAAAGCACGAGUUCUUGACCAAGCACGUCAGCGAGCAUUGAGUGAAGCUUGGGCAAAAGAGCAGCAAAAGGCACGAGAUGGAAAAGAAGGUAGUCGCUUAUGGACUGAGGGGGAAAAACAGCAACUCCUAAGCACAGGAAGAGUUCAAGGAUAUGAAGGGUACUAUGUCCUUCCGGUGGAGCAGUACCCAGAAUUAGCAGACAGCAGCAGUAAUAUCCAGUUCUUGAGACAGAAUGAAAUGGGAAAGAGGUAA